AUGGAAGGUGCAUACAACCUCCAUUCCCAGCCCUCCCACCCUAUUCGCUCCGGUUCCCGCCAGUCCCCUACUUGCCGCUACUGCAAGAAAACCGGACACACUAUUGACGAAUGCUUCAAGUUGAAGAAGAAGAAAGAGAUCGAAGAAAGCUCUCGACGGGAGAAAUCUGUCAUCCAGCCUUCGGUGCAUGUGUCAACAAGCUCCUCCGCCGACAUCCCUUCGACCUCCACAACACCUACUGCCCCAUCAGCCUCUCAGUCCGUACCAGAUUCCCGGUACGUUGACAUUGCUUUCAGCACCAGCCACGGCUCCAUCCUCCCCACCUGGACUCCUCUCGUCGCUACUCUCUUCAUCUUCACCAUCCUCCUCCUCCUCCUCCUCCUCCUCUUCCCUUAUGGUGCUCCCUAUGCAUCGGCAUUCACGGCCUCUUCAUCAAACCUGGUCCGGACGUCUUCCUGGCUGGUGGACAGCGGCGCAUCUUCCCAUAUCUGCUCCGAUCGCUCGCUGUUUUCAUCUCUCCAGCAGCCAACUCAUGAUAUUAUCGUUCGCUUUGGUGGCGGAGAGACUUACAAGGUCUUGGGAGUCGGCACGGUGGUGGCUACUCUUCGUUCCCAAACCUCGGAAACCACCAUCCAGCUAGACAACGUUCUGUUUCUCCCUUCAUCGGUUCACAAUCUGCUCUCAGUUCGUGCACUUGGAGCUGCCGGCAUUACCGUUUCCUUCCCCAUUGCUGGGCGGGUUGAGCUCAAGACUGAUGAGGCUCUUAUUGGCGAGGGCUUUACCCGCAACAAUCUGUUCUAUCUUCAGCUGCAUCAUGGAAAGAGUGCCGCCCCCCCCAUCAACCCAUCGGCAUGUCCAGUCUCCACCACCUCCUCCUCAUACCUUUUAGCAUCGCCACCCAACCUCCCCUCCCUCUCGUUCACCUCCCAUGACCUCUUCCACCACCCUCCUCCCCCCAUCUCCAAAUCUGCCAGCACCAGCAACCUCUUCUCCUCCUCCUUUGUUUUCCAAUCUUCCUCUGCCCUCGACGCCGCAAGACUUCCGCCUUCCAUCCCUCUCCUCUCCUUCUUCAGCUCGUCCUCCCCCUUGCACCUCUAG